AUGACCUCAAGCGAUCCCAUAGCAAAAGGGAAAGGAAAAGGAAAAUCUCCCAAUCCAUCUUCCUCUUCUACUUCCUCGACAUUUCAAGCUCCAACGCAAUAUUCCUCAACCGACACGCCCAGUCACCAAGAUGAACAACCUACCCCCUCUCUUCUCAACCGUAUCGGUGCUUCGGCUGCGGGAUUGGGUCGAGAUGUUUUUGUGGGGGGUGCUGGUGGUGGGAGUGGAGGAGAGGGAUUGAGGAGCGAUGCAAGGGGGGUGUUUAGAGCGGCGGGGGGUGGAAAGGGAGGUGGAAGUAUGAGUGGAAAUGGAAAUGGAAAUGGGAAUGCGCAAAUGCACACUGGGAAUCCCGGAUUAUUUGAUGGACCUUCUUCGAUUUCUGAGGGGAGGGGAGGUACGGUUAGGGAUAGGGAUACUUUUGGUAUGAGGAGCGCGGGGAAUAUGGGGACUAGUGGUAUUCAAGGAGACGGAGCUGGAGGAAACGGGGAAUUCAAUGGACAUGCAGUGGGAGGGGAUGAAAAAGCGAGAUGGAUACAGCAGAAUGAGAAAGAAUUUUCUGAAUUUUUGGAUGCUGUUCCUUCGCUUAGUCCUGCGGGGGAUGCGGGUUUGGGGGGUGGGUAUUCGGGACCUAGUUAUGGGGUGCUUGGGAAUGAUUUGCAAGCGGGACAGGGAGAUGGUUUGCAGUAUGGAGCUCUUCCUGCGCCUACCGGUGCUCCUUUGGAUCCAAUGGGGGUACAAGCUUUCGAAGAUUCGUGGAGUCAAGCUGCACAAGGAAUUAUUAACCAGCAUGAAGCUCAUCCUGUACCUCGCGCUGGAAAUAUACGAGAAUCGACUCUCUACCAUUUCGAGCCAUUGCCAGCUUCUCAUCUAGAGAAAGUGGCAGAGACGGAAUAUCGUCGGGAAGGUAUGAAUACGAUUUCUCAUCCAGAUGCCGGGAAUAUGUAUCCCUACAAUCACAAUCUAUCCGUACCAGAACAGGAAAGUCGAGAUGGAGAUGAAGUCCGCGAUUUAUUAUCGAGAAUUGGAGGGGUGUCUUUUGAUGAGGAGAUUGGGAUGAAUCACGGGAUGAGUGAGGAGUGGAUGGUGGGUGAGGAUAUGAAAACUUAUGAGGAAGAAUGGAUGGGUAUGAGUUCUGCGGAACGGGAGAGGAUUAUACGGGUUACGAGGGAUUUGUUUCCGGAGGGGAUGGGGGAGGAGGUGCAUGAGGGAUUUGAUGUGGAGAGUUCGUUGAAUUUGGUGCCGGGGUUUGAGAGGGAGGGGGAGGGGAAAUGGAGAGGGGAUAGGGGGGGAGAGAUGGAAAGGGAAAGAGAAGAUGAAAGAGAAGAGGAGGAGGAGGAGGAGGAUGAUGAAUUCGAAGGCUCGGUAUUAAAUUUCCAGGGUAUAAAAUGGAGAGUGAGGAAACAAAAAAGGACAAAUGGGGAGAUGGGAAAUGGGGUGGAAGGAAAGGGGAAGGGAAAGAGAAAGGAGGAGUGGAAAAGUGAUUGGGAGGGGGUGCUUAGAGGGUAUACGGAUGAGGUUUGGGGGGGAUUGUUACCGUUGGUUAGAGAAGCGAGAGAGGAGUUGGGAGGGGAAGGGGAAGGGGAAGGGGAGAAGAGGGACGGAGAUGGAGAGGGGGAAGAGGGAAAGGAAAUGGGGAAUUUGAAGGCGCUGAGGAGAUUGGGUGCUGUUUUGGGGCAUUUGAGGGGGUUGGGAGGGAGAUUUAAGGAUGGGCAUGGGAAUUGGUGUGAUGCGGUGGGAUGA